UGCCUACACAAUGACAGUUUCCGUCAGCUUGACUCGCUAAUCGUAACCGCGUUGAGCGAGCGUUUUUUUCGUUUCCAAUUUCAGUUUGGAACGACAAUUUCAUCAUUUCAAACUAUCGAUCGAUCUCGAUUAAAAUAUCAGAUACAGAAAGAGACAUUUUUUUUUGAUAAAUACGAGUUGUACUUUGUGUACUUAAACUCUGAACUUCCAGCUCGAGGCCCAGCAGAGAGCUCGAGCGGCAGCUCCGAAAAGUUUGUUGUUGUCACGUGAUGUUAGACGAAUGUGGCGAUAAAAGUUUGUUUAGAUAGUAAAACUAGGUGGCGUACUUAAUUAAUAAAAGCUAUUGAUAACCGUUUUCACAAAAAUGCCUCAACCAAAACAUCGAAAGAUUGCUGUUAUAGGUUACAGGUCUGUAGGAAAGUCAUCUCUUACAAUACAGUUUGUGGAAGGACAGUUUGUUGACUCCUAUGACCCCACCAUCGAAAACACCUUUAACAAAUUGGUCAGCGUGACUGGUCAAGACUUCAAUCUUCAGCUGGUCGAUACAGCUGGACAAGAUGAGUACUCAAUUUUUCACCAAUCCCACUCGAUGGACAUCCAUGGUUAUGUCCUUGUCUAUUCAGUGACUUCCAAUAAAAGUUUUGAAGUUGUGCAGGCUCUACACGACAAGCUGCUAGACAUGGUUGGGAAGAUUCAGGUCCCAACUGUUCUUGUAGGGAACAAAAAAGAUCUCCACAUGGAAAGGGUUAUCAAGCCAGAGGAGGGAAAGAAAUUGGCUGAUUCCUGGGGUGCUGCAUUCAUGGAGUCCUCAGCCAAGGAGAAUGAGACUGCUGUGGAGGUUUUCAAGCGGAUCAUUUUGGAGAUGGAGAAAGCUGAUGGAAAUGCCCCUCCAGAGGAGAAGAAGUGUGCUGUGAUGUAAAAGUGUAUCCGGGACAUCAGUAAGCUCAUUUGCUGAAGACGAGGCACAACUUCACCAGCUUGCCAAUUGUGACCUCACCGACACCAAGACACUGCAGUGGAUUUUUUCUACUCCAUUGUGAUACUUGAUUGAUUUACAUAGCAAGGCAACUGCCCAGACAGUUGAUAAACUAUCCCACUAAUUGUAACCACAGGGAGAAGUUUUAUAAGAGCAAGAUUAAUAUUUGUUUUAGACAAAGAAGCACCGUCAUUGAACACUUUCUUUAAAUAUUGAAAUGUAAUCUAAAACUGGGCAAAAUCUUAAACCAAAUGCUCAGAAAAAAAAACAUUUUGGUCCCAAUUAAUUGCAUCAAAUCUUUCAUGAAAGUAUUAUGGUAAUAACUACUUCUAAAUCUGAUGUUUGAGACAUCAUUGGCUUAUAUUUUAACUCUUUGAAUAGUUGAGUUACUGUACAGGUAGGGCUGGUUAAUAAUCUUUUAAGGACUGGUAUUUCAAUAGGUCUUUUUUUGACAGUGAUUGAGAGUCACAGUUCACAUUGCUUUAAAUGUGGUGUUAAAAUGUCAGUAUCGCUCACAAAUGGAGUUCCUUGAACACCCUCGAAUGAGAUUUCACUUAAGAAAUUUCACUGGUUUCACAGUUUUUCUCACUGUAAUUUCUAUCAAUUUAUCUUCAGGUACCUUUCACCAAUGAACUCUUGAUCUUUGUCUUCACGAUGGAGGGAUCUAAUUGUAUAUCUAACAACUCACAUUUUAAGCUCUUCUGCGAGGCAGAUUAGUCCUCUUCCAUUGUUUCUACAGUUUAAUUUCUCCUUAUUGACUGUAAUAAAGAUGUUACAUUAUGGACCACCCUCAGAGACAUUUAGUAUAGAUUGGUAUAGAUCUUUGGUAUUUACCAGUUAUGGCCUUUUUAUACAAUAUAAAUAGAAUCUUAAAAAUUGGUUUGAUACUAUUGGUUAUAUUUUGAGUGGUGCAGGUUUACUCUCCCUUCAAUAUCCUAAGUAGAUUAUAUUCUUAUAAAUGCGUUAUAAUUAUGAACAUUGUUGAGUUGCAAUUUAAGUGCAUUUUAACACUGCGUAAGACUAUUUAAGUGGCUGAAGGCUACAGAGUUAGUAAUCUUUGAGCUAAUGACUUUGAUUUGAUGGUUCAUGCUGGCUGGAUUGAACAAAGCCAGGAUGGCAUGCAGUCCAUUUAAUUAACAUGGAGGAUUUGCAUGAUCACUGUCAGAUGCUUGAGAUCCUUAAUGAGUUGUUUUUCUUAGAUCCUGUAGCCUUACAAAGACAUGACACAAUGUGGAUUUCACCCCAUAAUCCUCAUGUUAUACCUGUAGUGGGUAAUUGUAACUUCUUUUUUUUAUCAAGUGCUUUACUGAGAAAGUAGUUGAUUGAUUGAUGAUGGUUGAACAAUAGCUGGUGAUGCUGUGUCUUGUGCCUUACAGUUCCUCAAACUCCCUCAUAUACUUCCCUUCAUGGCUCAAGGUGCUCUUGAAGGGUAUGUUUUUUUUUCCUUCUGUUGACUUGAUACCACGGUGCCGGUGGUGUUGUGCACCUGAACACCAAUAUCCACUUGUGGGUCAAUGUUGAUUCAGAAAUCUUGCUGUAAACAGUUUUGUAUAUAAAUAAAUCUGUUACUCAUU